UUUCUCUCCUCUCUACCCCACCUUACCCCACCCAUGCCUUUCUUGGUGCACAAGGGAAGGGGAAGUUGCCUCAAUUCUGGAGGAGUACGUUUGUUGGGGUCCGGCACAGGUAUCCAUUAGGACGUGGGCUGCAAGAGUCCUCGAGAGAGGAGAAUAAUAGGUCCAAACCUUCUAUUGGGUCCGGAAAGAUGUCAGUCAAGUGAUGGGCGGGUACAAACGCAAGACAACGCGCAGUACUGGCCGAAGUACUACUCGGGGCAGGGUGGGAGGGAUGACAGCUGGGAGAGCCGGUUUCUCUCGAUUGGGCCAGAAAUGAGGAGGCCCCGCCCCCUGCACUCCGGGAUUGGCUAAAGCGAGCCGCGCCCCCCUCACGCCAACAGCUAUCCGUACAAGCAGUGGGCCGCGCUCGCCGCUGUUGGCAGCUGUAGCCAGUUCGGUGGAAAGGCGUUCAGAGGGGGCUCAGUGGGUUCCCGAUCAGAUCCGUCGUAGACCAGGGAGUAGCCCGCGACAUUUCAACUGUGAGGGAACGCCCGUAGGCUGCGGGAGAGGGGCGCCGCGGGGAGCGAAUGAAGCUCCGCAACCGGAAGUGUCUUCUGGGAGGUGUCGCACCCGGAAGUGUGGCAAAUCACCAGCCGCACCCGGAAGUGUGAUGCUACCGCCGCUACGGGGAAGUAAUGGUAUCCGGCGAAUUGAGAUACGGUGUUAAAACAGGGAUGUGCAGAUGGAGGCCGGAGGAGACACUGCUGCCCCAGCCCCUGGGGUCGUGGAAGACUUGGAGGACAUGCGGAUCCCCAGUGAGCAGACUGAAGACCAUGGAGGGGUUCACCCUGGCCCGCCGGAUCCAGAAGACGGGGGGCUGGAGGAAACAGGAUCCACGGCCAAGGACCAGCCACCCAGCCUGUCACCACUGCCCCAGUCAGAGGCCCCAUCAAGCACCUGUCAGCUCUGGGGUCCUGGAGCCCCUGAGAGUAGUCCCAUGGGUAGCCCUGAGAGUGGCUCCGGAGGCCAGGGAGGGGAUCCCACCGAUGAGGACUGGCGCAGCCAGCGGAAGCAUGUGUUUGUGCUGAGCGAGGCUGGCAAGCCCAUCUACUCACGGUACGGUAGUGUGGAGGCACUGUCAGCGACCAUGGGUGUGAUGACAGCCCUGGUGUCCUUCGUGCAGAGUGCAGGUGAUGCCAUCCGUGCCAUCUACGCUGAGGACCACAAGCUGGUGUUCCUACAGCAGGGCCCACUGCUGCUGGUGGCCGUGUCACGGACUCCUCAGUCAGCAGCCCAGCUGCGAGGGGAGCUGCUAGCUGUGCACGCGCAGAUCGUGAGCACACUGACACGUGCGAGUGUCGCCCGCAUCUUCGCUCACAAGCAGAACUACGACCUCCGCCGCCUGCUGGCCGGCUCAGAGCGCACACUGGACCGACUUCUGGACAGCGUGGAGCAAGAUCCAGGUGCCCUGCUCCUAGGCGCCGUGCGCUGCGUGCCCCUCGCCCGCCCGAUGCGGGACGCGCUGGGUGCGCUGCUCCGACGUUGCACAGCACCCGGCCUGGCCCUGUCGGUGCUGGCAGUUGGCGGUCGACUGAUAACAGCAGCCCAGGAGCGGAAUGUGCUGGCCGAGUGCCGGCUGGACCCAGCUGACCUGCAGUUGCUGCUCGACUGGGUGGGCGCACCAGCCUUUGCCGCAGGCGAGGCGUGGGCACCCGUGUGCCUGCCCCGCUUCAACCCCGAUGGUUUCUUCUAUGCCUAUGUGGCCCGCCUGGAUGCCAUGCCUGUCUGUCUGCUGCUGCUGGGCACCCAGCGUGAAACCUUCCAUGCCAUGGCCGCCUGCCGGCGCCUGGUCGAGGAUGGGAUGCGUGCCCUCGGUGCCAUGCGUGCCCUUGGGGAGGCUGUCAGCUUCUCUAAUGCCCCAUCAGGCAACGCUCCUGCCUACAGCGUGCAGGCUGUGGGGGCACCUGGCCUCCGGCACUUCCUCUAUAAGCCGCUGGACAUCCCUGACCACCACCGCCAGCUGCCCCAGUUUACCAGCCCUGAGCUAGAGGCCCCAUACAGCAGAGAGGAGGAGCGGCAGCGGCUGUCGGACCUGUACCACCGCCUGCACGCCCGCCUCCACAGCGCCUCCCGACCCCUGCGCCUCAUUUACCACGUGGCUGAGAAGGAGACGCUGCUGGCCUGGGUGACCUCCAAAUUUGAGCUCUAUACCUGCCUCAGUCCCCUGGUGACCAAGGCAGGUGCGAUCUUGGUAGUGACCAAACUCCUGCGCUGGGUGAGGAAAGAGGAGGACCGGCUCUUCAUUCGUUACCCACCCAAGUACUCCACGCCACCAGCCACCUCUGCGGACCAAGCUCCCCAUAAUGGCUUGUUCACUGGACUCUGAGGAACAGAGCUCUCAGACUGGGCAGUGCUUGGAGCAACCACCUUUGGUUUUUACCUUCUGUCUCCACCCUGGAAAUGUGGGUGGGGGUGUGUCUCUAGCAGGUCAUUGUCUCCCUGAGCAAUGGGGCAAGAUCUGAGGGCCUGCUGACAACAGAGAGAUGGGUGGCAACAGCCAGGUGAGCAGGAUGCUCUCCCAGCCACCUCAUGCAUCUCCACCUCUCGGGAAAUCCUUAGGCCUCCCUCUGCCUUCCCUCUGCUUCACCUCUUCCAUUUGGAUGGUGUCCUGGCCUCUAUCGGGGGCUGUCCCCUCCAAACGUGCUUUAGGGGUCUGCCUCCUCGAUGGAAACUCAGCCCUGAGUGUCCAGGGCUGGCCUAGGGCUCUGGUGUGGCCCAUCAGGGUUGUGGAAUGGGAACGCAGGGCCAGCCUGUCCCUGGAACUGGCCUGAGAGUAUUUUAAAGAAAAAACUGUUCAUAAAAGGCCUAAAACCAACCCUUAAGAGGCCCUUCCUUCCGUUGCCCUUCAUGUACUUCUGUUGAUCUUUACCCUGCUCCAAAUGACCCCCAUCGAUGCUGGCUGCUGCUAAGAUCAGUAAGCAGGUGGCCUUGUGUCCACCUGUGUAACCCAGGGUGUACAGCACGUGACUUCACACGGGCUGAGAUCUAGCAUUUUUACGUAGGAGGUACCCUUAGCUUCUAAGGCUCAUUUUACUCAUCCCUAAAACGGAGAUAACUAAUCUCUCAUAAACUCUUCAAUGAAGAUUUGUAAAGAAAAAGGGACUUGAACUCUUGUGUACCACCAAACAGCACACGCACAUGGAUCCCAGACCUACAACAAGCACAACGCGAGCAACCCAAAGCCGGAGAGACAGCCCUGAAGUUUUGUCCGCGUGAGCACAGCCCGUACCCUGACUGGCCAAUAACCUGGCUCUGCCCUUGUUUGUCUAAAGUGGAGUACAGCCCUUCGUGGUUGUACGCAUGCGCGUCGUCAAUCUGGUUCACCGGGUGUUCUGCGCUUGCCCAGAGUGGACACGUGACUCUUCCAGUGUGGUCAACUGAUGGCGCGAGCGUGGUCUGCACGCAUGCGCACUGUAGGGCCGUCUACCCUCACCUGUGGUUUCUUUUUAGCCAAUCAUCGUGUAAGGAGCAUGCGCAAGCCCCACGUUGGAAUAAUGGCGGGGAAGUUGGAGCCUUUGAGCGUGGAGUCGCCAGAAGCCACCGAGGAGGCUGAAGGUAGUAAGGGCAAGCGGCCUGCAAUUCUCUCCGGACCAGGGUAGAAAGGUGGAAGGAUUCCAACUAUUACAAUUAUGAAACAAUGAUAGCAGUAGGUUUUUUUUUUCUUUUUUAAGUGAAAUUUUAAGCCUUUUGUAACUUUUAACCGUUCAACAAAAUGGAGAUAAAUAACAUGCACAUUCUCAUCACUUAGGUUAACUCUUGUCAACUUUAUUGAAUAUAUUGCUUAUUUAAAAGUAAACAAUAAAUAGUUCAAUAUGCAUCUCUUAAACAAAAGGGGGGAGGGAUGUUCUUCACAAAAAUCACCCUGCUGCAGUCACCCCUAAGAAAAUUAGCAGGAAUUCCCCGAUAUCAUUUCCCAUCCAGCCCACAUCACACUUUGCAUGGACUCUUAACUCUCCUAAUAGAAAAUGGCCUCCCUCCAAGACAGUUUCUUUUCUCCAGGGUACUGACUUGAAUAAUAACACCUCAACCCCUGAGGGUGGGGAUUUGGCCUAGAAAGAGCCUACUGGAAGUUGCAGUUCAGCCAAAAGAAAAAAAAAAAUCUCCCAAGGCAAUAAUCCUCUGGUAUGCCACUAGCAUUUUUUCAUAAUAGAAGUUUUCAAAACGUACCAAAGUAGAGAAGAUAGCAUGAUGAAUGUCUGUACCCAUCACUCUGGUUCAACAGUUGUCGACUUUUGCCCUCCUUUUAUCUAACUCCCCUUUCUGCAUACUCUUAAUACUGCUAUAUUAAUAAACAUACUAGAUUGCAUUCUGCCAGACCCACCCAUACAGACAUCAAAAAAGUGAUUAUUGUUUAUUGUCUGUCGUAGGAUGUGAGCUCCAUGAGAACAGAGACUAUUUGCCACUGUUUCCCGGGCACCUAAAGCAGUCCCUGCGUGGCAUAUAAUAGGUGCUCAGUAAUUCUUUAAUGCGUGAAUCAUGAGAUAACUUUAAAACAGCAAGCUCUUUUAGAUUAGAGCCACUUGUGGCAUUCAACAAAAGACAGAUGGAAAUAAGACAGAUGCAAAUAGAUCCCAUUUAUUUAGCAUAUAAUAUAGCUGCUAUUGUGAUUAAAAAAAAACAACAACUUUUAGUAUCAACCUUUCAAAUUCCUCAAAAUUGAAGUUAUAAUUAACAUCACCAGCAAAGGAGAAAGUUGAAAAAUGUAUCAAGUUACAAUUCCUAGCCCAUCAAAUUGGCUUUAUAAAGGGAGGGAUAAUAUCUUAACAUUGAUGAAACAGACUUUCUCUUGCUUCACAGGGAGAACGGGCCAGUAAAAGCUUUGCUAGAUGCAGUUUGGCAGAGUAUUUUUAGCAUCUAAAAUGCCAUUCCACAUCUGCAGUCAUAUCCUAGGUAAUCGUAGGGGGAUUCAUGCAUACAAGGACCAGGAAUGGUCACCAGAGUGCUGGUGAUAGAGACGAAACAUAAGGAACAAUCACAGAAAUGGCUAAGUCGAGGUAUAUCCAUGCACACUGUAGAAUGUCUAUACAAUGGAUUUUUUUAAGAGGCAAAAAUAAUUAAAUUCAAACUUAAUUUGAGCUAAUUAAAAUUAAAUUGUAAAUGGAUAAGGUCAUUGUAUAUAGACAUGGAAUAAGCUGCAGAGGAGAUCAUAUUUUUAUUAGAGAAAAGCCAUUUGGGAUUGAAGCAAUAAAGGAAAGGGGUAUAGCCCUAUGUGUGUUGCACAGAAGGUUUGUCUGGAGGCUAAAGGCCUAAGUGGUAUCUGUGGACAAGGGACUUGGAUUUUUGGGUGGUGCAGAAGUGGAGGUAUUUUUUUGAUUUUUUUUUUUUUAGAAAAACGUAAGUUAGUACUAUAUAAUUUUAAAAUAUAAGGGUAAAAGAGGAAAAAUUCGAAGGCAUCUGAGGAUCUUAUGUUAAUAUUGGAUCAAUAUUAACAUCCAGGUUUUGAUGGUUAUACUGCAGUUACCUGGUAGAUUGCAGUUACCUGGAAGGAUAUAUAUCAGGUAUAUAUCAAAUAUAUACAGGUAGGAUAUAUAUCAGCUAUAUACUGCAGUUACCUGGUAGGAUAUAUAUGCUGGAAUAUUAAGGAGUAAUGGGCCAAGAUGUCUGCAAUUUACGGUUCAGAACCACUCACAAAUGGGGAAUCUGGUAUAAGGGAAAAUGGGAGCAUUGUGGCCUAUUUCUACAACUUUGUACAUCUGAAAUUAUUUCAAAAUAAAAUGUUUAAAAGGGUGCUUAUACUCAACGGGCUGUUUUCUUUUGUAACAUGGACAUUUUAAAAAAUGUUUAUCAAGGUGUCAGAUUACUUAAAAGAUUUACCUGUCACUCACUUUCGAUGUUAUUUCCUGACUGGCACUACAAAGCAGUGGAGAGCAAAAGCACAGAUGGCACUUUUGCAGAAGUGGUCACAGAAGCCACCUGUAAAAGAUGUGAGGACAGCCGGGGGAAACUGCACAGUGUCUGGGUAUUGGGUGAUGGUACAUGAUGAGUAUUACUCUUGUCAGGCAUGAUUAGAGGAUUGGGGUCAUCUAAGAAAAUGCCCUUAAGUAGUUGAGACUCUUAAUGAAGUAUCUGAUGACAAAAUGCCAAGAAGUCUGAGGCUUGCUUGAAAACACUUCAAUACAGGAAAAAUAGCUGAAGCAAAUAUGGGUGAACAUUAAUGAAUGUAAGAUCUGGGCUAUGAGUACAUCACAGUUCAUUAUAGUAUCCUUUCUACUUUCAUGUGCAUUUGAAAGUUUUCAUAGUAAAGUAUUAAAAAGAAACAAUUGCAAA